GCGGCCCCUUCCUCUUCCUCCCCCAGAGCUGUCGGCGGCGGGCAGCAAAUACAUCGACAGCGAGGUGGAGAACGCCAUCGACGGCGUGAAGAGGAUGAAGAGCCUCAUGGACAGGACGAGCAAGGAGCACCAGGAAUUCCUGCACACCCUGGAGGAGACCAAGAGGAGGAAGGAGGAAGCGGUGGAGCUGGCGCGGCAGAAGGAGCGGGAGCUGGCGGCUCGGCAGGCCGAGUGCAACGACACGGUGCAGGAGCUGUGGGAGCAGUGCAAGCCCUGCCUCAAACAGUCCUGCGUGCGCUUCUACUCGCGGACCUGCCACAGCGGCUCCGGCCUCGUGGGGCGCCAGCUGGAGGAAUUCCUGAACCACUCGUCGCCCUUCUCCAUCUGGGUGAACGGGGAGCGCCUGGACUCGCUGCUGGAGCGGGACGAGCGGCAGGAGCGGCAGCUCGAGGACUUGGAGGAGCGCUUCGGGCUGCUGGAGGACGGCAUCGACGGCCUCUUCCAGGACAGCUUCCAGCUCCACGGCCGCGCCCUCCCGUUCUUCCAGGCGCCCUUCGGGGGUUUCCGCGAGUCCUUCCGCGACCCCCUCCCCGCGCAGCGCGUGCGGCUCUUCCCGCAGCGCCGCUUUUCCCGGGAUCUGCACCCGCCGUUCCUGCGGCACCACCCGCACCGCGGCUUCCAGCACCUCUUCCAGCCGCUGCUGGACAUGACCCAGCGCAUGCUGGAGGACGCCCGAGGGAGCUGGGAGCGCCCCUGGGGGGAUUUGGGGCCGGAGUCCCGGAACUUCAGCAACGACCGCAUGGUGUGCAAGGAGAUCCGCAGGAAUUCCGCCGGCUGCCUCAGGAUGAGGGACGAGUGCGAGAAGUGCCGGGACAUCCUGGCUGUGGACUGCGGGCAGGAGUCGCCGUCGCAGGGGGAGCUGCGGGAGCAGCUGGAGGACGCGGUGCGGGUGGCCGAGCGCUUCACCCGGCGCUACGACGACCUGCUGGGCGCCCUGGAGGCCGAGCUGCUCAACAGCACCGCGACCCUGCAGCGCCUGAGCCGCCAGUUCGGCUGGGUCAGCCGCCUGGCCAACCUGAGCCGAGCCGGGGAUGGGGACAGCGACACCGCCCUGCGCGUCACCACGGUGCUGUCCAAGGCCCCGAACCCGCUGGACCCCUCUGCGCCCCCGGACACGCAGGUGACGGUGCAGCUGUGGGACUCGGAGCCGCUGGCGCUCACCGUGCCCGGCCACAUCCCCUGGGACGAUCCCAAAUUCAUGGAGAUCGUGGCCGAGCAGGCGCUCGGGCGCUACAAGGAGAACGCCAUAGAGUAGCAGGGAGAUCCCGAUGCUCCGCAGCACAUCCAGCCCCAUUCCAAGCGGGAAUUGUCACCGUUGUUGUGCCCUACCCCACCCCAACCUCUCCCUCUUCCCGCUGCAGGGACCCCCCUUCCCCUGCCGGGGGUCCCGAACAGGCAAUAAAGGUAGAGUUGAACCCUUG